UUUCAAUUCGUGACUUUCACUGAGUCUAGGGAUUCUUCAGAGAUCACGAAAGUAAUCUUCAUCCAUCGAUAUCAUGAUUAUCUACAAGGACAUCAUAAGCGGUGAUGAAAUGUUCACUGAUAGUUACAAAAUGAAAGUAACAGAUGAUGGUAUAUUCUAUGAAGUGGAAGGAAAUCUUUACUCAGAAUCCACUAAAGUGGAUGAAAGGAUGAUUGGUGGAAACAAGUCUGCUGAAGCUCCAGAGGAGGAUGAUGCUGAAGAGUCUUCAGUCUCUGGUUGUUCUAUUGUGGUCCAAAACAGGCUUAUGGAACAAUAUGGUGUGGAUAAAAAAGGCUACAAGAAGUACAUCAAACUCUACACAGCUGCUCUUGUAAAGUAUCUGAAAGAGAAGAGGCCAGAUGAUGUAGACAAAUUCAAAGCCAAUGCGCCAAAGGCAAUCGAGAAGAUUCUGAAAAGCUUUGGCGAUUGGACGUUCUAUCAUGGACAGAAUGAGGAUUUUAACUUUGAUAACGAAGAAAAAGCAGAGGGGAUGUUGGCACUCUUGGGGUACCGUAGCGAUGGACAGACUCCCUAUAUGUUGUUCUUCAAAGAUGGGCUUGAGGAAGAAAAGGCGUAAAAAUCAAGGCAUGACAAGACUAUCUUAAAUCACUCUGCAUGAUAUAAUUUGUUAACUGAAUUAUUUACUAAGUUGUUAUUCACUUCAAGUGAGACAGUUUUGGAAUCAUUUCAACUACAAGCAAGAAUAAGCAAAGCCAUGGCUGUUAUCGUAGUUGAUUCUGAAAAUAAGUAUUUUUUUGUUUAAGGCAUACAAACUAUACAAAACAGUAUUGAUCCUCAUUUGUUUGUCGAACCACUGAUGACUACAAUAACAACUAUUUUGUGAUCACCUUUCUUGGAGAUCAUCUUUGAAAUCUUUUGGUAUGGUGACAUGGUGUCUCUAACUACUAGCAGAGAAUUUUUACAGGGCAAAUGUCAUGCUGGAGAAACAUUUCCUUGCUGGCUUUUAGAAAAAAUCUCCUUCCUCUUCAUAGUAAUGAAGAUUUCUGUAGAUUGAAAGUGAGCUGAACAAUAAACAUGGCAUAUCACACUG